AUGGCUUUGUACUCUUCCAGUAUUAAAUUGUUGGUGUAUGUAAUCUUGGCAUUACACCAUCUGGACGGCAAGGAUUUUCGGGAUAACCUGAUGCCCCCCAUGGGCAUUUGGCAGUGGGCCAGCAUGCCUCACAUUGAACUGAACACCAACACCAUCAACUUCCAUCAACGACCCUGGACCACACAGAACACCAACGAGACCACUGGACACAGUUUGCACAAGUGCACCGGAGAGGCUUGUGUUAUGGUCAGCUUGGAACCCACUGCUACCCGGGUAGCUACAAACAACACUAACCAACUCAGUGGCCUUGUCGUUAGCGUGUCCGCCCUGAGAUUGGAAGGUUGGGUGGUUUAUCCGCGGUCCAAUCAUACCAAAGACUCUAAAAACGGGACCUGGUGCCUCUCAGCUUGGCACACAUUAUGGAGAUGGAUUGGGGGUAAGGCCCUGCGACAGACUUGUGUCCUAUCCAGGGGGUGUACAUCAAGCUGCCUCAUGCUACAAAAACAGGAGAUAGGCUCCUGCCCUAUGGGCCAUUGUGGCUUGGACAAGCCCACCACCACCCAGACCAGAAACAGUAUUGACCAGAAAUACAGAGAUGUUAGUGCUUUGCACCAGACAACCAGUGAUUCUACGGCCAGCCGCAGAACGCGUCGCCCCCGAGUAGCUGAGCUCAGGAGUAGGGAGAGAGCGGGAGCAAGUGAGCUUGUUUGGAAGAAGACCAACACCAUCAACUUCCAUCAACGACCCUGGACCACACAGAACACCAACGAGACCACUGGACACAGUUUGCACAAGUGCACUGGAGAGGCUUGUGUUAUGGUCAGCUUGGAACCCACUGCUACCCGGGUAGCUACAAACAACACUAACCAACUCAGUGGCCUUGUCGUUAGCAUGUCCGCCCUGAGAUUGGAAGGUCGGGUGGUUUAUCCGCGGUCCAAUCAUACCAAAGACUCUAAAAACUGGACCUGGUGCCUCUCAGCUUGGCACACAUUAUGGAGAUGGAUUGGGGGUAAGGCCCUGCGACAGACUUGUGUCCUAUCCAGGGGGUGUACAUCAAGCUGCCUCAUGCUACAAAAACAGGAGAUAGGCUCCUGCCCUAUGGGCCAUUGUGGCUUGGACAAGCCCACCACCACCCAGACCAGAAACAGUAUUGACCAGAAAUACAGAGAUGUUAGUGCUUUGCACCAGACAACCAGUGAUUCUACGGCCAGCCGCAGAACGCGUCGCCCCCGAGUAGCUGAGCUCAGGAGUAGGGAGAGAGCGGGAGCAAGUGAGCUUGUGUGGAAGAAGACCAACACCAUCAACUUCCAUCAACGACCCUGGACCACACAGAACACCAACGAGACCACUGGACACAGUUUGCACAAGUGCACUGGAGAGGCUUGUGUUAUGGUCAGCUUGGAACCCACUGCUACCCGGGUAGCUACAAACAACACUAACCAACUCAGUGGCCUUGUCGUUAGCGUGUCCGCCCUGAGAUUGGAAGGUCGGGUGGUUUAUCCGCGGUCCAAUCAUACCAAAGACUCUAAAAACGGGACCCGGUGCCUCUCAGCUUGGCACACAUUAAGGAGAUGGAUUGGGGGUAAGGCCCUGCGACAGACUUGUGUCCUAUCCAGGGGGUGUACAUCAAGCUGCCUCAUGCUACAAAAACAGGAGAUAGGCUCCUGCCCUAUGGGCCAUUGUGGCUUGGACAAGCCCACCACCACCCAGACCAGAAACAGUAUUGACCAGAAAUACAGAGAUGUUAGUGCUUUGCACCAGACAACCAGUGAUUCUACGGCCAGCCUCAGAACGCUUCGCCCCCGAGUAGCUGAGCUCAGGAGUAGGGAGAGAGCGGGAGCAAGUGAGCUUGUGUGGAAGAAGAUGGUGGAAGUGAUUAAUGGGGCAGAAGAGAGGAGGAUAGAGGCUGCAUGCUGCAUGUUUCUGGCUCUCUGCUGCUGGUUGUACGGAAUGGGCCUGCUGCUCACCAUCAGUGUGAGAGGACUACUGCAGGUAAUGUGAUGUGAAAGAGAGAUUAGGGGUAUGAGGGGGUCUGAGAAAGGCUUUAAGAACAACAAUAGAAUAGGUCCAAAUAGUGACAUUUACCCAUUGUAGUUAUAUAUAUAUUGCCUAAGCUGACAUGCAGUAUUACUUACAUGUCACUGUAAAGACUUAAGAAAUCACCACAUUGUUAUCAAUUCAUUUGACCUUGGAACAUGAAUUAAAAUAUGGUUUUGUUUUCCUAAUAAGACUAAGUUUAUUUUCUUUCCAUAGAUAAUGGUCGCAUUAGAGCUCCAUGGAGAUGAGCAAAAGGAGAGAGGAGCUGAGAGGGAGACAGACAGCUGUAAAGAUGCUCAAACCGCUCCAGUGUUGGUGACCCCCCGUGGUUCAACUAAGAAGAGAGCACGCCGCCUCCGCCGUCAGUCCAACAAGGGGAAACACUGA